UGAACAGUAACGCGAGCGGCUCUAGCAAUCUUUUUGAGUUUUGAGCAUUUCGGUUUGAAUUUUGUAGUUUUCUCGGUCUUGUGGUUUUAAGUGGAAAAACAGCUAAUUCGGAAAUUGCUUGUGUUAAUAUAAUGCAAGAAUUCAUCGUUUUGCAGUGUUUCAGCUGCGAAGUUUACCAGGUGCACAUAGUGAAAAAGUCCUCCAAGUGGAGAUGCAAGCUGUGCAACGCCAAACAGUCCAUCGUAAAGAUAUUCAUGAAGAGUGAAUCGGCCAAAGAAUGUAGAGUUAUAGUGCAGGAGUUGAAUGAAAAAUAUAUUAAACAUGCUGAAGAAUUAGGUAUUGCAUUGGGGUCGGAAACUAAAAAUACCCCAAUUGAAGAACCUGGUACUAAAGGAACUAAUAGUGAUAAUCAAGGUGGCAUCUUAAAAAUAAGUGACUCAAAGUGGACAAAAUAUUCUGACGAGGAUAAAAAAACAUGCGCCGAUUAACCCCAAAUGACAAGCCUUUCAGUCUAUUAGCUAUUAGGAGGGCUGGGGUUUUUAUCUUUGUUGCUGGUGUUGAUACAGUCAUUUCAGGAUGUUAUCGACGAAUUUGUUAAACUGUUUUCAGGCUUUCUUUCAAAGGGUUUUCAAAAAC